AUGGAACUUGGUAUGGAAUAUGAUGAUGUUCUUAGCAUGGAAGAUAUAGAGCAUUUCAGAAAGCUAUCACUUAGGGAACGAUUCCAAAGGUUUGUCCAGUCCGAAGAGCUGCCUAACCUCAAAGUUGCAUUUGCAAGGAUUCUUGCAGCCAAGCCACAUAGCGCAGAUGUAGAACGUCUGAUCAGCUGCAGUGUGGCACUGAAGUCUUCUGGUCGUAGUCGAAUGCUCCUUGAAACCGAAAACCUCAAUUUGUAUGUGCAUUAUAACAUGCCGUCGUUGGAUCAGUGGGAUCCUAAACCAGCAGUGAUGAGUUGGAUGAAUGAAAUAGCGCAUCGCGCCCGAGAUUGUCCAAAAAGAAAACAACAACAAUAUUUCAAGGGAAUAUUCUCGGAAGCUGCGAAACUCGAAGAGAAGUUGGCAGAUUGUGAAGAGGAACCAGCAAAGAAAAAAAGAAAACAUUUUAGUUUAAAUUUGCUAUAA